AUGUUUCCUGUUCUCAUCGACAAUACUUCAGAUUCUCACUCUGCCAGCAUGCAGCCGCCAUCCAACAAGCGAAAACUUUCUCUUUUUACUUCUUCAUGCAAACGCCCAAACCGUUUGUCAUCUUUAUUAUCUUCUUCCCCUUCGUGCUCGAGCUCGAGAAAGUCUGCUCCUACGUGUACUAUCUCGCUCGAAAGUGUCACCAUUAAUUGCUCAGAGUCGUACUGCGUCUACAGCUCGUCGUCUGAUGUCAACUUCAUCCCCUUUCCCACAUCAACCUCCGACUCUGAUUGCGAGCUCGAGCCACAGCCCGAGGUCGGGGUCAAGGUUCGUCGGCGGUCUAUGCAAGCGACGACGCCCCGCUCCAACGAGCGCGUACGUCGAGACUCGCAAUCGCGCCGUCGCAAGGCCCCCUCUACUCGCCACCACGCUCUCCUAUCACCAGCAUCGCACGUAACUCCUCCACCAAAGCGCUUCAAAGGCAAACACUCUGACCUCCGGUUUCUCGCCGUCGUAUGGAGGAGUGUCAAUGUCAGCUUGCAGACGCGAAUGGACGUCGAUGGUCAAGGAGACCUCGAUGCGCAGGACAAGGUGCUUUCAGAGCGGCUAGGGGCGUAUCUCACCGAGCGUGGGUACUCGGAAAAGAAUGAGGAGCACGAAAAUGUUCUUUCGCCGUCGCAGCUGGUCGCUGUGACGACCCUCCGGCGAAAGGAUCGCAGCGUCGUCCGCCCAACAAGGAACAGCGCCGAGCAGCGUAGACGCUCUCCCCUGGCAUCAGCUCAGUCAUCAUCACCAUUAUUAAUGGUUGAUGAUCCAUAG